GAUCGAUGCUGGGUGUUAGUGAGAUUGGGUAGGAGAAGGGAGCUGCUGGAUGCAGAAAAACACAAUUUGGCCCUGGUUUGCUCACUGUAUUGACAUGAACCCGCAGCGGGAGAUUCGUGAAGAUAAACCAAUCACUGAAGUGAUCAUGCAUUCGACCACCAAGCGCCGAAAUACAUCCUCCGGCCGGAAUUCUACGCAGCUUAAACUCCCACUAACGUCGGAAACAACAGGACGAAUAAGGUACCUUACUUAUACCAUGACUGCGCCACCGGCCGCAACCUUCCUAGACAACCCGCGCUUCCAUCAGACCUUCUCACUCCCAGCUGACGCUCCACGCGGUCGCGCAAACCCUUUCACAGUCAAAUACGCCGACUACGGCUACCGCAAUGAGACGCAACCCGAGCAAGAGCGCAUCCUCCUCUUUUUCAGCCCGUUGAUGGCCUCGCGCCUGCUGCUGGUGACCAAAGACCAUCUCGCAAUCAAGCACAAGAUCCGCAUCAUUUGCACCGACCGCCCGGGAGUGGGCGGCACCGAUCCCGCGGAAGCAAAGGACAGGCUGAACCUUUGGAGGGAAGCGAUCCCCGCCCUCCUGUCGCACCUCUCCAUCCCCUACGUCCACGCCAUAGUCGCCCACUCAGGCGGCACCGUCUACGCGCUCGACCUGCUGCUGCACCGGCCGGACCUGCUUCUCCCCCAGUCCGACCAACCUCACCAGUCCCCGACGUACCUCGCGCUCGGCGCACACGGGGUCGAUGCCGCUCGGUUUGGUAAAGGAGUGGUGCCCGCUCGGGGCCAGCAGGAGGGCGGGGAUGCAGAACAGGAGGAGGAGGGGAGGGCGUGGGAGGUGAAAUGGGAGGAGGGGGUGUGGUCGGGUGUUAUGCGGCGGGUGUAUGACGAGGGGGUGAAGGGCAUCUCGGAGGAGGCAUCGAUGCUUCUGCGCAAGGGAAAGAGUAUGAAGGGCGGAUUGGGUGAUUGGGACGACUAUGAUGAGUUGGUGCAGCGGUUGAGGGAAGCACUGGCAGCUGCGGGGCGGAGGUUGAGGGUACGGGUGUUCUAUGCUGAGAAGGACUCGGUGACAGGGGAUGGCUGGUCGGCGUCGAAGGGAGCAAAGUGGUUUGACGGGUGCUGGGAGGGCGCUGAGGAUGUGGUUGACUACCAGAGUAGGACCGUUCAGGGGGCGGAUCACGAUACGAUUUGGGGGUUGAGAUGGGGAGCGAUUAUAAGAGGUGUUUGA